AUGUGUAUCGCGAUAAUUUCCACCGCACACCCGUCCUAUCGGCUCAUUCUAAUCGACAACCGCGACGAAUAUCUGAACCGACCUACGGAUACUGCUGGGUGGUGGCCCGAUCCUCACUCGCAUGUUCUUGGAGGCCGGGAUAUGCUCCGCGAGAUCCACGGGACAUGGCUGGGAGUGACGAAGACAGGCAAGAUUGCUGUCCUCACCAAUUUCAAAGAAGACGUUACGCCGCCUCCCACCGCCGUCAGCCGUGGCGCCAUCAUCAAAAAGUUCUUGUCUGAAGAUGUCGGUCCCGUGGAGGAGUUCGUCAGAGACGUGGUCAACACUGGCGUUGCCAAGGACGCUGGCGGGUUCAGUCUCGUGUGUGGUCACAUCGGCGAAAAGCUCGCUGUCAUCUCCAAUCGUGCAGAAGACCAAAGUCAGGUUCCUUGGAUAGCGGGGGACGUGGUGCACACAGUCGGCCUCAGUAAUGCCGACUUCUCAGACCGAUCAUGGAAGAAGGUCACCCUAGGCGAAGAACUCAUGUUGAACACCAUCCGCCACAGCAUCGAAAACGAAGAGACCGAAGAUCAGCUGAUCGGACGGUUUCUUGAUCUCCUGAGUCACGAGACCCUUCCCCGAAACGGUGAACCUGACGGAGCCGGCCUCGAAACGUAUAUUCCCUCACUGAGAAACACCAUCUAUGUUCCAACCUUGGGACGAAAAGACAUGAGUCAACCCCUUGCAGAUGACGAGAUAGCCGCCGCCAAAAGACACGAGAAAGUCGAUAUUGUCGGGCACAAUACACCGGUCCGGCGCCACUCUCCGUCCAUCAACCCUCCGUUUCGGGCUCGACAACUGGGCGUCAGCGGCCUUUACGGGACGCAGAAGCAGACCGUUGUGCUCGCUGAUCAAGAUAUGAAUGUUCGAUUUUUUGAACGGACACUAUUUGACCAAGAGUCGAAUCCGAUUCCACCUGGCGAGGGGGAUGUGGAUGUGAGAUUCAAGAUCGAGAGGCCGUCAAGUUGA